AUGCAGGCCUUCCUGUUGUUUGGCUGUUUCGUGCUCGCCGUGACAGAGUACGUCCUCAGCUCGGCUCACAUGGUCCCUGACGAGGGGCUCUCGAGCAACAGGGUCUUUGUUUCUGGUGCUCUGUCUCAAAACCUUGAGAUGGGAACACCUCCUGUAGUUAUUGUAGAGUUGCCUAAAGCAGAAAAGAAGAACAAGAAACCGAAGAAACAGAAAAAGAACAAAUUUGGUGUGAAGAAGCGCCCUCCUCCUCCCGCUAACUGCAUUCCCGUGGGGGGAAGCUGUAAAUCUCCAGGCAACGUGUGCUGUGAUUUCUGCGCCUUCUGCAAGUGUCGGCUCUUCAGAACUGUGUGUUACUGCCGAAUGGGCAACCCUCGCUGCUGAACAUCCCACUGCAGCCCGUCACAGCUCUGAGCUAUCAGACCAAUU